CUUCAAGUUCGGUUUCCUUUGAAGAUGUACCGCCAAAGGCAACUUGUAAAGUUUCAACAAUUCGAGCCCGACGCCCACCAGUAACACAGCUUUUUCGGCAAGCGACAUGUAUGCAUGGUUCCUGAGAGAAUCUAUUUCACUUGUAUUCUCUUGCGGUUAUUUAUGACAUCGCGUACGGUGGCGUAUUUUAAUACCUCUGGUUAAAAGUGUCAUCGACGAUUACCGUGAACGUUAGAACGAGCCUAGUGCUAAAAAAAAUUGUGUUUAUAAAGCUUUGAACCCGAUGUUAUUCAAAGUCGUUGGUCCUGCCGAAAACGUGUGCCUUGUGGACGGUUAGCUUGGAGGUAACGACGCUUGCGUUUGAAUUUGUUUUAGAAUAUUAUCGAUUAACGCAAGAUUGUAUCGUUUGAUCGACCGAGUGGUGAUAUAUAAAAAUACGGCAAUAUAAUCUGACCCUUGAAAAGUACUGCGUGUAUACAUGUGUUUUGUAUUUUGAUAUUUUGAAAACAAAAUAGACAUGUCUGUAAGAUCGUGCGUUUUAAGACCCGCUCCUCCUGGUCAAGACUCGGACACUUUGUCUUGUAUAAAUUUCGAGAAGAGUGAACACUAUACGGCCGUUCCUAGACGAUCCUCGGGUAAAGAUUCAUUUGAAAGCUUGGCAAGCAAAGGCGAAAUGUUAGCACCUCUUGGCUUUGAGCCUGAAGGAAGCGCGUCAAAGCCUAAUUUUUGUGAACAUGCCUCGCCGCUUUUGGAGUAUAUUUUGAAGCCGAACGGAUAUGCAACGUUCAGGGAAUAUCUAUGCGAACACGAUCAAGAAACCUUACUUGAUUUCUGGCGUUCCUGUGAAGAGUUUAGGCAAUUAGCGAGCACUGGAUCAAAUCUUUCGAUCCCAAAAGCGAAUGCAACUUACAGUAAUUAUCUACAAUCGAAACUCUUGUGUGCCAGCAAAAUACAAGGUGGUAUACGAGCGAAAAUAAAACAUAAACUACACAGCGGACAGCCUUUAAACGACAUGUUAUUCGACCAAGCUCAGGAAAGCGUACUGCGAUAUAUGAACGACAUUCAUUAUGAAAUGUUCUUGACUUCUGAUAUUUACAAAUCCUACAUUUCAAAGGAACGCGUUUCGCAAUUUGAAUCAAAAUGUAUGCCUGCCCUGCCUGAAGAGAAGAUACAAGAAAAGAGUAAUGGAAGUUGGAUUGUUUCAGAUGCAAAUACACCGCCGUUGGGAAGAAAUAAUCGAGAAGGGUAUGUGCCCAUCAACAUCAAGAUAGGCAAGGCAGCCCUAGCAAGGAUAGCCCAACAGCCUGCUCCACCUGCAGUUUCAGCAAAUCACUCAGAUGUACAAAGUUUAUCAAGUGAUGCCCUGACAGACGAUAGCAAGUCAACUUUUACUGACUUUAGCGACAGGACAAGCAAAUCAAUGGAAAAACAAAUGGGUUUUCAAGAUGUUGCUGGCUUUGUACCAAGAACCAAAAGAGUUACAAAGGCAAGUAAACAGUUGCCACCCAAGGAGUUUGCAGAAAUUCUCACUGAAAAACUGAAGAGGGUCGAAAUUGAGCGUGCCCAAGAGGAAAGGGCAGCCAUAAAUUUGGCAGGAUUGCCUGAACAGCAUCCUAGGCGAAGUAAAAAGUCCAUCUUGGAAGAUGCAGCCGAACGCCAUCAGCAGUAUCAAAAAUUUGGUGGUUUUGGUUAUGGUUUGCCUCUUCCUAAGUUUAUAGAACCAUGUUAUAACAUGCCUACAUCAAGUACUCCGCCUCACUAUCCAAGAUAUGUGAAACAGCAACAGUGUAUACCAUGUUACUACCCUGCGAUAGAAAACUGUCCAAAUGCAGUAACAUCUUGGCAAGGACCAGAGUCUGUAAUGGAGAAGCCUCCAAGAUUAGGUAAUGGUAAAAAGCAUUGGGAAAGUGUCGGGACUAUUGAGUCAGCACCCGAUAGUGGUGUUAUUGUUGAAGAGGAUAUAAGUUUACACCCAGAAACUAGGAACCGGAUUCAUCAAUGGAUGGCUCACAGUGAGCCUCAUAGAUCACCAUUGUCUCAGUAUCAUGGCAACCCACUGAAACAACCAUAUACUAGCAGUGGUUUGCCUGCUACCUUGACUGUUGCAUCUGUUCACAUGGGCGACCCUGCCAUUAAAUCUCUUGCUCCUCAUAAAUCUCAAAACAACAUGGAGGAGAUGCCUCGUCGAAGCAACGAAAAGGAGUUACGAGAGAAAAGGAGCAAGACAACUAAGAAUAGGUCUUAUCCAAGCAACAAAAUCACUCGUUGCCAGUUUCCGGUAGACAUUAAUGAAUGCUCGUCCUCUCUUGUUUCUGGCGAAUAUAAGGGAAUUUAUAGUUCGUCCUCAAUCCUCUCCAGCGUACCAUCUACAGUGAACAGCAACGAUAGCGGUGUCGGGCGCUCGCAGGACGUAAGAGGUUACGAGGGUACAAAAAUUGUGUACUUUUUGGAUGGUGAAAAAUAUCCAUAUCAAUCAAUACUGCCCGACAAGACUGUCACUUUACGACAGUUCAAAGAACUCAUCGCCUUCAAGAAAGGAAACUAUAGGUACUUUUUCAAAACUCCAACAGUCGAAGAAGAUUGUCGAGCAAUUUAUCAAGAAAUUAAAGACGAUAAUUGUGUUUUACCUUGCUACGGUGAUAAAAUUGUAUGUAAAGUGAAAGAGUCGAAACAUUCAUGAGAAUUUGGGGUAAAACGAUUUAAACGAGCACCUCGUUGUUGUUGAGUAGGAAAGUAGCAUGUACUGUCCAGACGCUUUUUAAAAUCAAAACUACAAAAUAUUUCAGACUUUAUUUAAUUUCUGGUUUUUGUAUUGAGUUUACACUUUUACUGAUUAUUCUUGUUGAUUUGAAAUUCUGUGCGGCGUUCAAUGAUCUCGAAGCCUCUAAAAUAGUCGGUCUUUCAUUUGCCAAAGUACGAAAACAUUCCUUACGUCAUGAAUGAUUCGGUAUCGUUUUAGUUGGAGCAAAGCUUUCUAAUGCCAUUUUGUAAAUUAUUUUUGAUUUAAUCUAAGAAUACGGUGAGAAUUUUCCAGUAUAUUUGCCAGAAAAUUGAGAUUGGAUCGUCUGAAUUUCGCAGAAUCAUUUAACGCCUCAUUGAAUCCUGGCAAAACUUUGUUCUCAAACACCGCAACUGUCGUUGAUAAUGUUUCGACACAAUUACAAACGCGAAGUUAUUUUUUCGUUUUUUAAUUACAAACAUUAGUUCACUGAGGGCUCGCGGAGUAUGAGAACCAGGCUUCUGCCUAAGUACUUAGAUCUCAACUAAAUUACUUGUGUGUGCGAGUUGAAAGGGAGUUGCUCGUUUGUAGUGUCUCUUGAAUUCCGAUUUUUCUUCUGUAAAUUAAUUGUACAUAAUUUUAUAUACAUAUAGCAUUAUGUAACAUUGCAAAAAGUAUUGUACAGCUGUUGUAUUCUUGUACAUAUAUGAGGCUCGAUCGCGGGUAAUUACUAUGACAACAAUGACAUAAAACUA